ACAGAGAGACACCCGCCCCUGUAAGUGACAACACAGCUGGCUGACGCACAAGGGGAUGUGAAACCUUCUGACUUCAGAGAUCAAAUGUGAUUAUCAACGACUAUAGCUCCAGCGCUCAGAUCCCCAAUCAAGGAGUGGCGACAACCCGCGGCACAACACUCCCCCAGCGUUAUUAAUGUUAUUGUGUUGUUGCUUUGGUGUUGAAGGCAACGAGAGAGGGGAGUUUACUGAUCUGUUUGGAGAGAGAACGAGCGAUAACCUUGACCGGAGGCAGAGAGAGAAUACAAUCACCGGACUCUCACAUACCGGAAUCGCUGCAAGGAGAGAUUAAAAAAGGAUCAGACCGCGUAUCUCUCAUCUAUAGAAACUAUAAUUUAUUGGGGUUUUUUUGCAAACUAUGGCUGCUUCAUCUGCUACAAGGGUUUUUGUGUUAUCCCUUGCGUCAAUUCCAGUGGCCUAUCUCUUUAAUGCGUUGUCCACCAACAGCAGCAACCCAUGGACAAUCCUUAUUGUUGCAUUUUUGAUCCUGAUUUCUAUUGCAAUAGUGGCAUUUUUCCUGGUUAAAAAAAAACCUCCAAAGGAUCAUUUAUUCUACGUUUACACGGUGUUUGCAUUCACUAGUGUGGUGGAUCUUAUUAUUGGACUUGAGCAGGAUGGACUUAUUGAUGGGUACAUGACACACUACCUUAAAGAGGGUGAACCGUACCUGAGCACAGGCCAUGGCCACAUGAUUUGUUACUGGGAUGGUUCAGCACACUACCUGAUGUAUCUCUUGAUGGUUGCAGCGAUUGCCUGGGAGCAGAGUUACAGGACUAUUGGCUUGUUCUGGGUUGGAUCGAUUCUGAUGAGUACUGUAGUAUUUGUCUCUGGAAACCUUGUUGGAAAGUAUGGCACCAAAGUUGGCCCUGCCAGUCUCCUGAUCAUCCCUUACUUUGUUCUUCCAAUGUGGGCUGUUCUUCACAUCUGCAACCAGCCUUUACCGAACGAGUCGACACCUAAGGAGAUUGAGAUGGUCCAUAAGAGGACCCUGAUGCAGAGACCGCUGGACCUGGCGCUGGCCGUAUCACUCCUCUUCACCACCAGCUUCAGUAUCUUCAGAGGAUUGGUGGCUUUAGACUGUCCCGCCAAGGUGUGUCGGCAAUACCUGCAACAACAAGAGCCGUACCUGAGAGAUCCUGCGGCUUAUCCAAAGAUACAGAUGCUGGUGUACAUGUUCUACUCUGUCCCUUUCAGCGGUGGAGCACUGUAUGGUCUUCUGGUUCCUGGAUGUUCCUGGCUCCCAGACUUGGCUCUACUGCACGCUGGAGGCCUUGCACAGGCCCAGUUUUCUCACAUGGGAGCAUCCCUCCAUUCCAGGACCCCGUACAUGUACCGAGUACCAGAGGACACCCAGCUGGCCUUUCUAAUAAUAAACGGACUGUACUGCAUCCUGCCGCAGCUACUUGCCCUGCGAUGUGUCCACUGCCCUGAGUUUUUCCUUAAAAGGAAAGAAGACCCAAAGACCAAGUAAACCCUCGUUGUAUUAAAUAUUUUAUUUUUCUGCCCCAAAUAUGUAUAAUUUGCUAAUUAAAUGGAUCGGCAGAUUGAAUAUUAGUAAAUUUACCAGUAGGGAAAUUGUAUUAGUGCCUUGUAAAUGAAGUUAAUUUUCUAUUUUGCUAUUAAUACUGUUUUAUUAACUAAAUGUACUGUUGUGCAAAGUUGUAGAUUUGUGUAUUUAAGAACAAUCAAUACAUAAGUGCCAAACACAAUGCACUUAUGCUUCUGCCAGUGAUUUUAGCUGCAAAAUGCAAAAUGCUUAUUCUGUGCAGCCUACUUCUUGUGUGUGGCGUGCACAGCCUAAAGUUGUUGGACAACUUGUUCUAUUUGAUCUUAUUUCAUUGUGCACGCUGGGUUGCUUGCAUUUGUCGAAACAGGGCGGACCACGUGAAGGUUGCAAUCUCCCACCCCUUCUGUGCAAUAGAGUUAGUUGGCAAGUUUCAGUGAGGACUAGGGAAUGUCAAGGCGAAGAUAGACACAAAAUGCUGGUGUAACUCAGCGGGACAGGCAGCAUCUCUGGUGAGAAGGAAUGGGUGACGUUUCGGGUCGAGACCACCAGCUCAAUCAAGGACCAGUCUCACCCCGGUCACUCCCUCUUCUCCCCUCUCCCAUCAGGCAAGAGGUGCAGAAGUUUGAAAACGCACACCUCCAGAUUUAGAGACAGUUUCUUCCCAGCUGUUAUCAGGCAACUGAACUGCCUUCUCCCCACAGCCCCUGACACCCGUACUAAUUAAGUAUCUGUCAAUCGCUGCCUUAAAAAUAUCUACUAAUGACCUUCACCACCGUCUGUGUAUCCAUAACAAUCCCUUCAUUCUUCUGAAUCUCUGUCCAACAGUAGACUUUCACUGAAUGUUGUACCUUUGAUCCUGAAUCUACAGUGGACGGCUUGAUUGUAAUCAUAUACAGUCUUUACUUUGACAGAUUAAUGGUGGGAAUGUUCAUGUGAUAGGGGCAGAAUUAGGCCAUUUGGCCCAUCAAGUCUACUCCGCCACUCAAUCAUGACUGGUCUAUCUCAUCCUCCUAACUCCAUUCUCCUGCCUUCUCCCAAUAACCCCUGACACCCUUAGUAAAGAAAAACCUGUCAAAUCUCUGCUUUAAAAAUACCCAAUCAAGUUGCUGGCCAUAUUGGACGAGGGGAUGUUCUGAAACCGUUGUGUAUCCAGGAGAUCUGGCAGU